UUGACAUUUGACGUACGUCAAUGUCAAGAUUCACAUAUUACAGUAAAUUAUCUUAUAUUAUGCUUUUUAUCGAAUAAUACUUACAUAAUUUCUUGUAGAAAUAAACAUUUAGUCUUCAGACAAAAUGUUGAAGUUCGGUAUAAAAUCAGCAAUUUUAGGAUCAGCCGUUUAUUAUACCGUAGAUAAAGGGGUGUGGAAGGACAGCGCAAAAACAAAUGAACUUUACCAAGAAUUAGAAAAGGGGAUGUCUCCUUAUGUAGGAGAACUUAAAAAGCAAAUUCCUUAUGAGCUACCUCCUCUGCCUUCAAAUGAUAGGUUGACAUAUUUAUUUAAAUAUUAUUGGAACAGUGGAGUUAAGGCUACAUUUACUUUUCUAGUCGAUCUUCCAACUCAUGCUUCUAAUGCAGCAACAAAAUCCUACAAUUUUAUUUCUGCUGCAAUAGAGCCUGUUGAACCAAGCCCAGCCAGUAGUCAAGAAAAGGCAAAAUGAAUUUUAAGUAAUUUAUUGAAAUGUGAUGUCACUUGUUAAAUUAUUAAAAUAAAAAUGAGAUAAAUUAGUUAUUAAU